AUGAGAAGUCGGGCGUCGGCAACCGCGCCAAUGGGCGGCCGGGGGCGGGCCUGGUUUCCUGGGAGCCCGGCGGGCCGGGCUGGUCCUCCCGCCGCAGCGGAGUCUCCGCCGCUCACGCUGCCCGCCGCGGCUCCCUUCAUCAACCCUCUGGUGAAAUACCUGCUCUUCUUCUUCAACAUGCUCUUCUGGGUGAUUUCCAUGGUGAUGGUGGGCGUGGGAGUCUACGCUCGGCUGAUGAAGCAUGCGGAAGCAGCACUGGCCUCCCUGGCAGUGGACCCUGCCAUCCUGCUGAUCGUGGUGGGCAUCCUCAUGUUCCUGCUUACCUUCUGUGGCUGCAUUGGAUCUCUCCGGGAGAACAUCUGCCUCCUGCAGACGGUGAGUGGUCAGGGGCGCCCCCCAAAAGGCCCUGGCCCCCUCCUCCAUGUGCCUCUCAUUCCUGCAAACUUUCAGUCCCUCUCUGUUCCCAAGGCUUAUGCUGUCCACUCCUCUUGUAUUCUGAUUCCCUCCUCAUGUUUCUGGCAGGCGCGGGGGAAAGUGAAUGAGAUCAUCAAUAAUGCCAUCGUGCACUACCGAGAUGACUUGGAUCUGCAGAACCUCAUUGAUUUUGGCCAGAAGAAGUUCAGCUGCUGUGGAGGGAUUUCCUACAAAGACUGGUCCCAGAACAUGUAUUUCAACUGUUCAGAAGACAACCCCAGCCGUGAGCGCUGCUCUGUGCCUUACUCCUGUUGCUUGCCUACCCCCAACCAGGCAGUGAUAAACACCAUGUGUGGCCAAGGCAUGCAGGCCCUCGACUACUUGGAAGCUAGUAAAGUCAUCUACACCAAUGGCUGUAUUGACAGACUGGUCAACUGGAUACACAGCAACCUCUUCUUACUUGGUGGUGUGGCACUGGGCCUGGCCAUCCCCCAGCUGGUGGGAAUCCUGCUGUCCAUGAUCCUUGUGAAUCAGAUCAAAGACCAGAUCAAGCUACAGCUCUACAACCAGCAGCACCGGGCUGACCCAUGGUACUGAGAAUCCAUCCUGCACCUCCUCAGUAGAGCCACAGGCGAGCCUCAUCAACCAACAGCAGUGGUUACAGCUCUCAGCACCAAACAGAGAUUUGGAUUCCAGCCCCUGAAAGCAACAGCCCAGUGGAAAGAGCAAACUCCAGGUGGCAGAAGGCGGGGUGCACGGGUGGCACAGGUCUUGGAAAGAUGUGCCUCCUCUCCCCACCCUAGCUCUCAGCAUUGUUAUUUUGUGUUGUUUCUAACCUUAUGCAUUUGGGUGUAUGUUUUUGUUUUGUCUGAGCAGAGACGCUUAAGACACAGCAGCUGUACACAGUAGUCGGGGGCACUAGCUGCUGCUUUUCCCCAAGGCACUCCUGGGGCUGCUACUGAGCUUGACAGACAUACUCAGUUUCUGGCUGCCAGCGAGACCUGGCUAGAGAGUGGACACCAGGAGCCCUGCCUGGAGUCCAGUUAGCAUGAUACCAGUUCCAGAAGGGAAGGGAGUGGAUCAGGCAAUGAGCAUGGGGGUUGGCUGCGGACAGUUGUAUGUGUUGGGUAGGAGUGGAAGGCGAUAUGUUUAUUAACUGCCUGUCCUGCCAUCCUCCCAGGUAGUCAGAGUGAGCUACAUCCUGCCCCUCCUUCAUUUCCAUGGAAACGUGGCAAGGGGUACAACAGCAGCCAAAUCCCUUCUCCGCUCCUUUAAAAAAAAUGUUUGGAACCAUGGUCUCUAUAUUCUGCAGCCAGCAGAAGUGGGACUAAGCCAUACGUGCCCUUGAAUUCCUCCCCUGUCUGGCCCUCCCUCUCCAGCAAGUGUUUUUUUUUAACCUUUGGCAAUGUGCAGAGAAAGAAAGGUAACACCCCUCAUUCCUCUGCACCAGAGCUCAGUAUUUCUACAGAGUAAGCAGGGCUCUUGCUGGGGCUGGGGGAGCCAGAAAUGGCAAUAAAAGUUUGUUGACCUGGGCUAAA